AUGCACCUCACUAUCUUGUUUGGUAUCUACAGCAUGGCGUUGCUGGCUGUGACCGCUGCUCCUAUUGACUCGGGUUUCGUCGGGUUUCCAGUGGGACCACCAGGGACCGUCUACUUUGUCAAGGCACAAGCGGUUGCGGCGGACAAGGCAAAUACGGAAUCCGCGGCUGCCAACCACUUCGACAACCACGAGGACUCGAGUGCUGGAAAUAUCGGACUGCAGGAAGACGUCGUGUUGAUGAAAAACCAUGCGAGUGCCGCUGCAAAUGACCGCGGCUUUGACGACGCCAUCGCGAAAAAGAACGCAAUCCAAAUGUACGAUGCCAACCAAGUUGCCAAAGGCGCUGUAUUCUUUGGUCGUCGUCUGGAUGAUUUUGAGUGCGGGGCGCGGGAUGUGGUGUUGGCUGCGGCAACUGCGGCGGGGUUUAACGCCGCCAAACAAUCGGCGGAUGCACUGAGUAAGGUGGACGCGCUCAACGGAGCAAGCCAAGGCCGUGAAAGCGACGCCCACAAGCGCGCUGAUUCGAAGGUUGUGGAGAGACACAAUGUCGAUUUGGAAGGCUUUGCGGAGUCGAAUGCGAAAUCCAAGGCGGGGGCGCACGCCUCAUCGAAUGCUAAUUUCUUCCGCAAUCGCCAGGUCGAACAAGCGCGUCGGGUCGUUCAGAACAAUGGGUUGUUCUAUCGCCGAACUUUGCCUGCCAGCAACUAG